AUGGUACAUGAAUAUCCUACUAACCUAAGAUUAAAUAAUGGAAGUAAUUUAGAUGCAUCUACACAUACAACACCUAGAUCACGUAAAGCAAAACCAGCUCCACCAGUUCCAACUACCUCAAAUUUUGAAGAGUGUUCUAUGAAUGAUUCGUACGAUACAAGUAAGGAACGUAACAUAUGGGAAGAUCAAAAGAUUAACAAAGACGAAAAGAAUAGGAACAAACAAAGUUUCACGCACAUGUCGUACGGGGAAAAUUUCCAUUGUAAACCAUACGUAGACAAAAGUAUCGAAGGGAAAUGGAAACGAAAGAAGGGACCUGCUCCACUUUGUCCAAUGCCAUGUAGAAGAAAAAUAAAAGUAAUGUCUCUUAAAGACGUUAAAUUGGAGUUGGAUGAAAUAGAAUUACAACAGCAAGGGUUAGAAAAACAAGGUGUACGAUUGGAACAGUUGAUAAGGAGUAAAUGUGAGUCCGGAUCCAGAUCUAAUGAUGUUUCCCUUGGAACAGACGUCGAAGAAUUAGUUUUAGAGUUAUUUGCAUUGGUAAACGAGAAGAAUGAGUUAUUUAGACGCCAGGCUGAACUGAUGCUACUUCGAAGGCAGCAGAGAUUAGAAGAAGAACACGCUGAAGUAGAAUUCCAAAUUCGAUGUUUAAUGACUCAACAUGAAUCAACUAAAACGGAUUUUGACAAACAAAGGGAAGAAGCAUUGAUACAAAGGUUGGUAGAAAUUGUUGAAAAACGAAAUGAAAUUGUGGAUUGUUUAGAAAUGGAUCGUCGUAGAGAAAUUGAAGAAGAUCGGAGUAUACACCAUCACAUGGAUUUAUUUGCUGCCAGGAAUAAAAAUGAGUCGUCUAGUAAUGAUAUCAAUAUAUCUGAAAAGAAGAAACGGAAGCAAAACAAACAAAAGGAGAAAGUAAAGGACAGAAAAUUGAAGAAGACGUUGAAAAAGGAUAUUGAUAAGGACGUAGAUGAAAUCGAAUUAACACUUAAACGACAUAAUAAACGUAAAUGGUUUUAACUUACAUUAUUGUGUUAAGUAAACAUUAUCAUGUAAGUUAC